CAAAGGAGGAAUAAGUAGGGAGAAAGAGUAUGAAUGAUAAGGAAGAGAGCUGGGAGGAUAGGGUUACAGACAUUGGAGUAAAUCCCAGCAAGUUCAGCUGCCUUGGGAUGUUGACAGUGUUACAGUGCUAGGGCUAGGAAUGUGUCAAGUAUGACAUAAGGUCAUGGAGGACAUGGGCAUGAAGCUGAAGGAAUGGGCAGUCGCGAUGGGAGUCCCCGAUCAGAACAUGCCCACUGACACUGGAUUCCGAAAUCUCUGUACUGGUCAGUGUCAAGACAUCUGGGAAUAUGUCACUUGCUACGUCAAGCGGAAAGAGGUAGUGAGAGAGAUCAAGGGGAACCUGGAAUGGAACCGGUGGGUAAAAGGCUCUGAGGCUCCAUUGUCUGACAAGGAGCAGAAGAAAAGGAGGAAGCUACUGGAACAACUUGUAUCUCUGCAGACUGAUCUCCAGCAAUUGGACGAAAGCUCAGAGCACGAGCAGCAAGAGAUUGAUGAACAAAUACUGACGGAGACUUGCGAGAGGCUGCAGGAUCUGAAACAGCGAAAUAUUUUGUUACAAGCAUUUCUGCAGCGUGCAGUAAACAGGAGGAAGACACUGGAGGAACAGGGCAAGAAGCUGCACGAUCGGCUACAUGUCUUCAGACAGAUAGGCAGUAAAGCUGAGCAAGAUGUGGGAGUUGACAGUACCAUGGAUGGCAAGUUGUGGCAUGGCAGUGGUUUGGAACCCGAGGUGCUGCAAGAUGUUCGGGGAACGUGUUUCACGAGAUUCCAGCUCCUGAAGUCGUUAUAUGAUGAACAGGAGAGUCCUCUUGGAGGUGGUGGUGACAGGGGCUAUGACCUGAGAAGUGACAGUUAUCAGCAAUGGCUGAACCAGAUAGAGGGUGUUAAUGCGUCACACCCACCAAUCCACAUCCUGGCGGCAGUGCAGACUCUGGCAGCUGAGAAUAAAGAGGAGCUCAUGGAACUCCAAUCGAAAGUGGAUGUGGGAAAGGACAUGGAAGUCCUCAGGUUCUCCUACAGUCGUUCCCACCUACAGGAUGUCUCCGAGGCUCCUGCGGUUCUACGCUCUGUCAAGUCUUUACUUGAGGAGAGAUGGCGAGACUGUGAGGUCCGGGCAGUGGAGAAGAUCGGGGCCCUCAGGCGGGAGAAGGAAAUGAGUGGAAGGCUGACGGCGCUGAAUAAGGAGUUUAAUCGCCUGCUGGAGGAACAGUAUGCGCAUGAUGCUGAGCUCCUGUCUGCUGUCAGGGAGGCCUCGGAGCUGGAACUGACUGCGAUGGAGAAGAGGAGCUACCUCCAGGAGCUCUCGGAACAGGCUCAGCUCUUAGCUAACUCCAUAGAAGCCAAGAACCGUGAGAUCCAGAUCCUGCAGCAGAAGCACAGCAGCAUUCUCCACUUCCAAGCUCUCGUGGAGACAAAGCAAGAUCUCAUCCGUGCUUUAGUGAAAGGGAAUUCAUCAGCCAAGAGUCAACUUAUGAAGACACAAAUGGAGAUUGGCUCCUUCAUGAGGCAGAAACUUGGGGUGCAGGAGGAUCCUAUUCGCUCACUGACCGAGGAGCUCCACAAUUCCGUCAGCAGGGAAGUGAACCUCUUCACAGCCGUUUCACUGCCCACCCUGGAUCGCCGACUUGUAGGAGAGUUCCAGAGGCUUCCUGUCCACAAACUGUCAAUCCACAAACUGGACUCUUCAUUGAACAAUCGUCAAUUCUUCCAGGGCCUCAAGAAGAGUAUGUAUUUCCCGUUCUACAAGGCUCCUGAAUUCCUGCUGGAGCAUGCAGCCAAGAUGAAUGUGGAGCGCAGGUCACUGGAAGCAACUCUGCUCCACCAGAGAGACUCUGUGCAGACACUGCAGAGACGAGACAACAUCACGCCGGUCACUGAUGCAGACGCUCUGAUUGAGCGCAUCCUCUUGCAGAGCUCUGAAUGUGACCAGAAUACCAUUUCAAACAUUCACAAACUCUUGAAUCAGUGCAUUCAAGCCACUGAGUUUACCACUGAACUGAGGAACGAUGUCCAGGACUGGUGGGAGCAGCCGGCCCAGUUUCUCGUUCCCUGGGUUAAGCAGCACGGACACAAUGUGCAAGGCUGGAUUCACAAGUGGAGCGAGCUGGUCCACAGGGGCCUGAUGCAAGCGUGGGGAGACCCUACUGUGAGGAAGCCCUGCUGAAGGGAUGGUGCCAAACCCCCUGAGUGACCCAUGCCCCAUUCAACUAAUCCUGAAGUGGACCAAAGCAUCUAGGCUCUCCUACCCCGUCUGCUCCCGGAUUUCCAAGUCUCAGCUGCUGUGUCGAACAGACAAAAUCAUCUUGUGACUGAUCUGACUUGGACCACCUGUACUCACUCGGAGGAUAUCUGAUCAGCUAACUGCAUGAAUUUGGUUUUAGAUUGGAAAUAAAGGCAAUGAUUUGGAGCAUA